CAGGACCGGCCACCCAGUGCCUCACUGGCACCAUGGCGUCUCACCAAGGCCGAUGGGCCCACACAAAAGUAGGCCUCAGAAAUCGGCCACAGCAACCCCAGUUUUCCAGGAAACGUUGCUUUCCUUUGUUCAUUAUCUCCUGCAAGAUGAUGAGUUCUAAUCAGGAGGAGGUCACUUUGGGCGCUUUUCUCCAGUACAUUGAAGAUAUGGGGAUGAAGGCCUAUGAUGGCUUGGUUAUACAGAAUGCAUCAGACAUUGCUCGAGAGAAUGAUCGCAUGAGGAAUGAAACAAACCUGGCUUACUUGAAAGAAAAGAGUGAAAAACGCCGAAAACAAGAAGAAGCAAUAAAACGCAUAGGUGGAGAAGUAGCAAGAGGAAAUGAAGGCAGCUACGUGGGGAAACAUUUUCGCAUGGGAUUUAUGACAAUGCCUGCUCCUCAGGACAGACUGCCACACCCCUGCUCCAGUGGCUUCACUGUCAGAUCCCAGUCUCUUCACUCAGUUGGAGGAACCGAUGAUGAGAGCAGCAGCUCUCGAAAGCAGCCGCCUCCAAAACCGAAACGAGACCCCAACACCAAACUGAGCACCUCCUCUGAAACAGUCAACACUGGAACAACAAGCAAAAGUGGGAAACUACCUGACAGGACUGAAGUGUCAGCCAAACCAAGACCUCACAGUGAUGAGUACACAAAGAAGAUUCCACCUCCUAAGCCGAAGCGAAACCCAAACACUCAGCUAAGCACAUCUUUUGAUGAAACUUAUAUCAAAAAGCAUGGCCCUAUGAAGACAACCCUCACUAGAGAUGCCUCGCUCUCACAGGUCAGUAGUCCUGCUCCAGACACAGAGGAAGAAGAGCCUGUUUAUAUUGAAAUGGUUGGGAAUAUUCUCAGAGACUUCAAAAAAGACGAGGAUGACCAAAGCGAAGCAGUCUAUGAGGAAAUGAAAUAUCCUAUAUUUGAUGACGUAGGCCAAGAUUCAAAAUGUCAGUGUGAAUAUGACCAUCACACUUGUUCUUCUCAGUGUGCUACUCCCACAGUGCCUGACCUAGAUUUCACCAAGUCUUCAGUGCCAUCUACUCCCAAGGGCUUGCUUUGUGACAUACCCCCACCAUUUCCAAACCUGCUUUCUCAUAGACCUCCACUGCUGGUGUUCCCACCAGCACCAGUGCAGUGUUCCCCAAAUUCUGAUGAGUCUCCUCUAACUCCACUAGAGGUCACAAAGCUUCCCGUCUUAGAAAAUGUGUCUUACAUCAAACAGCAAGCUGGAGCUUCUCCGUCUUCACUGCCACCUCAUACACCAGGCCAUCAAAAACUGGAGAAAGACCAGACAGUAUCUCAUGGAACUAGCACCCCUGGGCACACCUCCUCACCUCCUCAUCCUUCUACCUUAUACAGAACACAGUCUCCACACGGUUAUCCUAAAAGUCACUCUGCCUCACCUUCUCCUGUCAGUAUGGGUAGAUCUCUUACCCCCUUAAGCCUCAAAAGACCUCCACCUUAUGACUCUGUACAUUCAGGAAGUCUCUCAAGAAGCUCUCCAUCAGUGCCUCAUUCUACAGCCAGAAACACAUUGCAAGAAGGAGGAAAGAUGGUCAGUGUCUCAGUCAGCACCUAUGGGUCAUCCUGUCAGAGCAGUUCCCGUUCUCGGACACCCACCAGUCCCCUGGAGGAGCUGACCAGCCUCUUCACCUCAGGACGGAGUCUCCUGAGGAAGUCCUCCAGUGGCAGAAGAUCUAAGGAACCUGCAGAAAAACCGCUAGAUGAGCUGAAGAUCAGAAGUCACAGCACUGAACCACUACCAAAGCUGGAAAACAAAGAAAGAGGACAUCAUGGGACAGCUUCCUCCAGGGAGCCAGGGAAAGCUCAGGAAUGGGAUGGAACUCCAGGCCCCCCUGUGGUGUCCAGCAGGCUCGGGAGAUCCUCUGUCAGCCCAACCAUGCUGGCUGGAGGCAACAGCUCAGAGUCUAAAUCAAGUUGCCGGUUGGGCCGGUCCGCGUCCACGUCGGGAGUGCCUCCUCCGUCUGUGGCGCCGCUCCGGCAGCCCGGCGACCUCCAGCCGAGCCAGGUACCAUCGUUAGCCGAUCGGGAAUGACUCCAUGUGCUGCAACAUGCCAAAUGUCCCCACCUCUCUGUCUGUCAUUUUUACAGUAAAUGGUUUUUUUGGUUUAUGUCUUUAUUUUCUGUGCGUGUGCGUGCAUCUGUGUGUGCGCAUCUCUCAUUGGCAAUGAAAUUCCACUGGCCGCAGCCAGCAGAAUUUUCUUUGCUCUUAAUUCCUUGUAUCUUUUUCUGUCUUCAUUCUGUAAUAUAAAUGUAGUAAAACUGUACUGUAUGUACUGGCUGGGUUUUUUAUUUUUUCAUGUUUUCUGUACUUUUUUACUGUCUUAAAAUUUAUCAAAUUUUGAUAAAUUUAAUCUAUGUUUUUAUGUAAAUUUCUUUUAAAUGUCUUGUCUAGAGCACUUACACCAAUGUUGUCAAUGACUUGUACAUACUUGACUUCUGCCCAGUUGUACUUUAAUAUUUGUGCCAGUCUCACAUUUGGUUGGAGCUUAAUGCAUGAUUGUAUUACACUGUGAUUUAUCACUGUCCUGAAAACUGCUCUUACAGCAAGUGAUUUUGUUUAGUUGAGGCAGCUAGACUCUCUUCAGCUAUAGACCAUGUAAUGCUUACAGGACUAUUAAAUAGUCCACUGUAGUUAUAUUUAUUGUACAUUGUUAGGAAUCAAAAAAAACAAAUCAAAGGAGCAACAUCUCCUUUUAUCUUAAACAGAGAUACUUUUUUGUCCUCUUCAGAAACAAAACUGCCACAUAGGAAAAAAUGAGUGUUUGGGUUUGGCAAAUUUCUCCAGUAGAGAGAAAAUGUAAAAGAAAUAAAGACAUGGGAAACCUAUACUUACCUUUAUUUUAUAUGCUAAUACUGAUACUGUAACAUUUUGUUGCACAGACCUGUAUUAUUAGUUUGACAGAACUCAGAAUUGCUGAGAGUAGCAAUUGAAAGAAGAGGUUUUGCUUAAACAUCAUGUGAAUGGCUUCUGUCAAAGCACUGUGGCACUGCAUCACUGGUGUGUACGUGUGGGAUGUCUGUGCACAAGGAGACAGGAACACAGGUAGAUUUACCUGUACAUGCAUAUAUGUAUGCACACACAGGCACCCUUAUUUUGGUGGAGAACUUUUGACUGGCUUUCAGGGAGUUAGUCCCCAAAAUCCUAUUGAAUAUCACUGAGGUUUGAGUGGAAAUCUCCCUGGGCACUGCUUUGCAAUAAUCACAUAUUUGUGUUUGUAUCUUGGUGAGUUGCUCCAAUAAUGUCUUGACCAAAGCAAAGAUUGCAAGAGUAAGGUUGACUUACUCACUCCAGACAGCCUGCAACUUGUUAGAAAGGUUUUAUUUGGAUAGCCAAGUCUGACAGGUUACAGCUCUGUAACCUGUAUGAACUGGUAUGAUUGCAUUACUUCUGAGCACUGUCAGACAUGAAGACUGAGAGAACCCUGCACAUUUCUAAAGCAUAUUUUACAUAAGCAAAUCAAAUCCAUAAUGGAGAUUCAAAAUGACAUCCCAUUUAAAUAACACAUCAAGUGUUCCUUUAUCUAAGGAAGAAAUUAGGGUAAUUGUACUUCCAAAGGUUUUCAGUGUCCCAGUGUUCAUGUAGUAUAUAUUUUUGAUUAAAUGGGUCUUACAGCACUCAUGAUGCUUUGCUGUUUACUCAGUGGCAAAGGCACCUUGGGUGUUUUGAAGGGAUUUUAGCCUGUCAGUUUAUACUAAGAACUAAACAAUAAGCCUUGAAAGCAGAAGCUGAUGUGAUAGAAGAGAUAAUGAGCCUCUUAGAAGCUGUGGCCAGGGUUCACUGAAACCGUGGAGGGAAAAAUUCACCUCAAUUCAUACAGAAGAAGGGAACAAAGAUGAUAAGAGGAAUUUUCAAGUGACUGUAGGAGGGUGAUCUUGUUAAUUGAAUAAUGUAUGAUAUGGUCAUGACUUCAUGAAAAACAAGAAAAACUAGUACAAGCUUUCUCUCCCUAAGUCUUCCUUUCCAGCUGACAAUCUCUUACUGUCCAUCUAUUAUGUUGCAAUUUACUAUGAUAGCAUAGUUUUUAAAGCUGUGGAUUUGACCCUGAUUUCAGAGGAAUGACAAAAGUCUAAUCUCCAUGGCAGAUACAAACAAUCAUUGCCCUUUCAACACCUAUUCUAUCUUAACGUGCAAAUAAUGGAUGGCUGUGAAAUGCGUUUCCAACAGCUGGGCUGUUAGCCCAUUCUCACUCUGCUGGGUUGUGGCAUACAGGGUAUCUAUUUUUGUGUGCUGUGGCUAUUGAUUGUAUUGAUACUGUUUUCCUUAAAAACAUCAUAAUGAGCAGUUAGACUUUACAAAAGAUUGAGGAAAGGUGUUAUCUACCUCUUUGUUGAUCACAUGGGCACAGCGAACAUUCACACAGGAAUAUAAAAUCUAGGAAAGGGCAGAUUACUGUUAAUUGCUUUUCUCAAAUCUUCAUGGAUCCCAGACUGGUGGUUUUCAAAAUAAUCU